CGCGGGGAAGUCACAAAACAUGCACAUCUAAACUUUGUCAAGAGCUUCUGAUCAAACAAGUCCAAAAUGUCGUCCUCUCCAACUCCCUCAGAGCGCGAGGCCGCCGACAAGAUCACCGCCGCUCGCGAAGCCGAGGAGCAGGCUAGACUUCCUUACAAAUGGAUGCAGACGAUUCAGGACGUCGAUCUCACUGCUCAAGUUCCUGGAAAUCUGAAGGCUCGCGACUUUGACAUCAAGAUCACAAAGGACCACUUGCGCGUUGCUAUCAAGGGCCAAGACCCCAUCAUUGAUGGCCGUCUCCCCCAUCCCAUCUACGUCGACGAGUCUACCUGGACUCUGGAAACUACCCCCUCUGGCAAGGAACUCGCCGUCCACCUCGACAAGGUCAACAAAAUGGAGUGGUGGGCACACGUCGUCGAGACCGCUCCCAAGAUCGAUACCUCCAAGAUUGCUCCUGAAAACAGCAAGCUCAGCGACCUCGACGGCAACACCAGAUCCAUGGUCGAGAAGAUGAUGUACGACCAGAAGCAGAAGGAGAUGGGUCUACCCAGUUCGGACGAGCAGAAGAAGCAGGAAAUGCUUGAGAAAUUCAUGGCUCAGCACCCCGAGAUGGACUUCUCCAACGCCAAGAUGUCACCAUAAUACCCUCCACAGUAUUGCACUUCACAUACGCGACUGGCUUUGUGUGCAUGACAUUGAGCUGAAAAUGUUUAACAUCAAUGAGAAACGGACAACCUUAC